GUUCAGGACUCGAACCGUGAGAGAUUUUACAAUUUACGUGAAGCUUUUAAGGCGCUGCUCUGGCGCUGCAUAUACAACAACAACAAAUGAUUGGCACUGACGAUAUGUCCGCAUCGGCUGGCAUGGAUAUAAGUGAAUCCUUUCGUGCCGAGGAUCUCUCAAAGACAGACUUCUUUGAUUUUGUCACAGCGCCCGAUAUGGGCAUUGGCAUUGGUGUGGGUGUUGGUGUUGGUGUCGGUGUGGGUGUCGAUGUGGGCGUCAGUCUUCAUCAUCAUCAUCAUCACCAGCAGCAGCAGCAACAUCAUCAGCAACAGGCACAGCACCCACAGACACAACUUAGUCACAAUCAUGGUCAAGUCACAACACAAAACCCGCAACAGGCUCUAUGCGGAGUGGGUGGAGCAAGAACCACCAGCAGCAUGAUACAUGAUGGCGGAGGCGGUGGAGGCACCGCAGCUGGUGGUGGUGGUGGGGGAGGUGCUGCUGGGGUAGUUAACGGUAACGGAAAUAUACCAAUGGCUAAUCGAAAUGGCAAUAGUGCCAGCAAUGGCAAUGAUCCCACACUACAAGGCUAUGAGUUUUGGCAUCAAGACAAGGAUAACAGCCGUUUAGAUUCUAGUUCCAUUUUCGAGGAUCUGGAUCGCUAUUGUUGGCAGCAACAGCCAAUUGGAACGAAUGCCAGCACUCAGCCAAGUCGUACAUCACCGCAGCAUCAACAACAACAACAACAACAACAACAUCAGGCUAAUACCAAUCCCAGCAAUUCAUCGGCUGCCUCAAGCGCGGCGGGCAGUAGCAGCGAUACCAUUAGCAGCCUGGAUACCACCGAUGGCCAGAUCUAUACCCUGACAGUAUUAAACGGAGGCGAGCCCUGGCUAAAACGCACUGAGACGGAACAGUUGCCCAGCUCCCUCGACUUGGACAGUUUAUUGGGCAGUUUUCCGGGCUACAUUAAGUCUGAGUAUCCCUACGAUGACAGUGGCUUCAGCACCGAUGGCAAAGAUGUCAAUGGCGUGGCAACAGGAGGUGGUGGUGGAUCAUCAGCUGGCCAAGAUGGCGGCAACGGUGUUGCUGGUCUUAGCAGUAUUUCCCAGGUCCAGGGACAAACACUGCCCUCGUUGGUCACUGCCAUUUCAAUAGCGGGUGGCAAUGAUUUGGGUCAGCAAUUGGCUCAAUUUCAAAACAACAACAACGAUUGGCAUAUGGCCGAUCACAAUGCGGAUGCGGAACAGAGUACGGCGGAAUCUCUGCUACGCAGUGCUCUGCAAGGCAAGGGCUAUGGCAAGGGUGUGAAUAUGGGCAAUGGUCUGGUCAUGCCAGUGGUCAAGGAUGAUGAUAUGAGGCGUCUGUUAUCCUUUACACCCGAUGAUGCGGCUGAUGCUUUGGGAUUUGCCGAUUCUACGCUAAAUGCUGCACAAAUGUUUGACGAUGCUCAGGUGAUGAGUGGUGGGAGUAGUCAUUUAAGCACCAAUCACAACCAGCAGCAGCAGCAGCAACAGCAACAGCAGCAGCAGCAACAACAACAUAAUGGCAAUACCAGCAUUAUAGUUGACGAUAUGUUCCUAAGCCUGGAGAAUGCUUUCAGUGAUGAUUUUGAGAAGAUCAAACGCAUAGCCAAUGAGGUGCAACAGUUCUGCACAGCGACACCGACAGUCCCUGUCGGUGGAGGAGGCGGUGGUGGAGGUGGUGGAGGAGGAGGAGGAGUAGGAGACUAUGCCAAUGCCAAUGAUGCCAAUGCAAUAAUGAUGCAAAUAUCAACGAGUCCAGCUUUAGCAGUAGGAAGUACAAAUCAAUUGCAGCCGCCACCACCGCAGCCACUUAAGCCAGAGGUAUCCACAUCGACAUCACCGACAGGACCUUGCAUCAAUAAUAGUUCACGUCUUGGUGGUGUAACCAAACCCAAAAAGCAGUACAAACGCAACAGCAGCGGCAAUAAUUCAAGCAACAACAACAACAAUAACUCGAAUGCUGUCAAUAACAACAACAACAACAGUGGUAACAGCGGGAGUAAUGUCCUUGGCGUUGUCCUGCCCAGCGGCAGCAGUGGAGGCAGCUCAUCAUCCAGCGGCAGUGCCAGCAGUACCAGCAAUAGUCCACCUGCCAAUUCGAGCAGCAGCAGCAGCAGCGGCGGCGGCGGCGGAGGCAGUAGUUCCACUGGUGGUCAGCGUAAAGAACGUUCCCUGCACUAUUGUUCCAUCUGCUCGAAAGGUUUCAAGGACAAAUAUUCGGUCAAUGUGCACAUACGCACUCACACAGGUGAGAAGCCCUUUGCCUGCUCCCUAUGUGGUAAGAGUUUCCGGCAAAAGGCCCACCUGGCCAAACACUAUCAAACGCACAUGACCCAAAAGAACAGUGGCAGCAUGAUCAAAGGCAGUUCCUCAAAGCAGCAACGCGGCAGUGGCAACGGCGGAGGUGGAGGCAGUGGAGCUGGAGCUGGUGGAGGAUCAUCAACAUCUGUCCCAUCAUCGGCAACAACAGUGGGAGCCACUUUGGCACAACAACGACAGAUGAACAUUGGACCCCCCAGCCUGCCUGUGAUGAUAAGUAAUCCGAAUACACCACCCGGCAUCGGUGGUGUUGUCCUACCACCGGCCAAUGGUCUCCUAGCCAAUCGGUAAUGCAGGUUCACAUUAACUCCAAAAAAACAAAAACAAAAUAUCCUAACUUCAUAAACACAAAUGAAAACAAAACCAACAACCAAUAAACUAUUUCUUGUUCCUUA